CUAGGAGCGAAACGACAUUCUAACGAGCAACGUACGAACGACGACGAUGCGAAUUUGCGGACCACCGUACGUAAUUACGGAGGGCCCUAUGGGAUGCCUGAAACUGCCUUAUCGACGGAGCAGCCCGCGGGCGAAAUCCAGCACGUGGGGACCCCUCUCGGUCCCCCGAAGCGAAGCGUGGCCCGAGGCCUCUUAUGAUUCGCGCAAAGCACGGAAAGCAAAGCGACCAUUUCGAUUCAGGAUGGGACUCCGGUACCGGGGCCCACUCUGGGCCCUGGUAGGCAGGCGAGUCGGCACGGAUGGCUGGCUGGCUUGCUCGGAGGAGUUGCAGGAGAGUGCCAUGGUAGAGGGGCUUCCAUGGCUGCUGCCGCUCGCGGGCACGAACCGCGCUACCGCCGUCAGCAGCCAGUCUUAUUACGCCCGCACUCAACUACGCGAACUAAGUACUCUUCUUAGGCCGGGCAAACGUCGCGCGAGAGCAACAAUCGCGGGCUAACCCACGCGAAUCGGACGCGCCUCGGAAAACCGGUGCCUGGUUCGUGCGCAGACAGUCUCGCACGCCUUCAGGGGGUUACCAGUCUCUUUUCGCAUUGGACACACACACGGUUGGCUCCCCCCGUCGGGCUCUCGAACUUUUCGUAAACGAAUCUCUGGAAUAAAGUUAGCGAGAGGGAGAGAGAGAGAGAGAGAGAGAGAGAGAGAGAGAGAGAGAGCUCCGGACGAGGAUCUCCGCCCGGUUCGAUCGGCGGCCGAGGACCUGCUGCCCGGCCAGAAGAUCGCCGCCGCGUACUGUUCGGUCCCGGUGCAUCCACUAUCUCUGCGGUGAACGCGGUCAGCGUGAAGACUGCUUAAUAGCGAGGAACAUGUGCAACCAGGGAAUAGUAGCGAAGCCGAUGUUGCCGGGGCACGAGCUACACUGUGACCACUCUGUUCGCGACGAACCCUGACCGAUUCCACGCUCGUCUCUCCAGCUGACCGGGUACACCACGCCGGGCGAAGGAGGUGCGGAACGCGGCAACGGUGAAUCCUCCGAAAAUCGUGCACGUUCGCGGCGCGCGCGCGCGCGGCGGUAAAAGUGUCGUUUCGAGUUUACAAGCACGGUGUAGAGAACGAGAGAGUGCCCGGGGAGCGGUGUGUUCGCGAGAUUACACGUUUCCUCGAACAUUCGGUACGCUAUGAACAUCGACGUCCUGGGAUCCAACGGGUGGUUCGCAAGCAGACGGUCGUCGAUGAACUAGAGGAUAUGUUCGCCAGGUUCUGCAGACAGGCUCCGAACGGGGACCUGAAGAGGCGACACUCCUGGAGCAGCGAGGUCGAGCCUCAUCCGGCGGAAACGGAAACGGAAGCGGAAACGGAAGCUGUAGCGACACCGGGCGUCGAUCCCGCCGAGUCCUCCUCCUCGGACGAAGAGGACAGAGUCUCGUACAAGGAACAUGGCUGUUCGAUGCAGACGGUGGACCUGGUGGCGGAUUGUCCGCUGCAGGUAGUGGCCGCAUCCUCGAGGUCGCCGUCACCCGAGAGAUCGCCGACGCCCCUCGCGCUGCCGAGGAGCAUGGGGCAACGUCCAAGCAACCUCUUGCGCCCCAAGAUCUCUUUGACCUGGGUCCUACGCGGGCAACAGCAGCCCGCCUCCAACAACAACCAUACGACCGGCAACGAGAGCGCAGGUGCGAACGGCGAUCGGGAGAGUCUAUCGCGGGACACCAAGGAGAGAUCGUCGAAGAGGAGCGUGAAAAGCGAGAAGGAGAAGAUCUCUGGCAAAGAGAACCUCGACGUAGAGAAGCGGGAGAAGAAGAUCCUGCAUAGGAUAGAGAAGAUCGAGAGGACGGAGAAGGUGGUCCAGGAGGUUCAGGAGAAGGCCGUCGGCAAAGAAGCCCCGGUUAAUGAGAGUUCCCUGGACUGUCCUCUAGAGAAGCAGUCCGAGAAGGACUUCCCGGGGCUGAAGGAGGCCAAGGAGAAAGAGAAGGUGAAGAGAGCGGUGUCCGAACCUUCCCUCGUGUCCCGGGAGUCGACGUCCACGCCGAGUGGUCGGGAGAAGCACAGGCACAGAAGAACGAAACGGUCUCACAAACCCAGACCUCCUAGCAGGUUCGGAUACGAGAUCGCCGAUCUGGACGCGUUCCUUACAAAGGCCUCCAUAGAGAAACCGGCGAACAUUCCGGUGGUUCUAUCCUUUCCCUCGGUGUUGUAUCAAACCCAAGGUGGAACUCAGGACGAGAUGGCUCUUCCUCUUGGCACGGUGGUGAACGCGGUGUUUAAAAAUCAGACCUGGUUGUACGUGCAGACCCCGCAUGGUCAGGAAGGCUACGUCGGCUACGCCGCUUGUCUUCCGCUGGGGAUACUGCCUCAACCGACGAGGGGACCCUGCUGGGAGGACUCCACGGAUGUAUUUCCACGUCCCUUAGGUAACAUGACUGAUACAGAGAAACUGAGGGACACCAGAUCCGAGUGCGGCGGCCGUGGCAGAAGCUCGAGGGUAAGACGAGGCUCCAGGGACGCCGUGUCAGCCUGCGGGGAACGCAGCGUGGACAGAUUGUACCUUAGGGCAGCGGCGAACGCUAGAACCAAAGGAUCCCGUCACACUUUGCUGGUGAUACGCAGCGAUUACGAAGCUCGCGGUGGAAACGCCUUGAGCGUCUCGAAAGGGGACGUGGUCGCCCUCCUCAGCGACCAUGUGAACGAUUGGUUCUGGGUCCGGUCGCGAGACGGCAGAGAAGGCUUCAUACCUGCAGUGAUCGCUGGCCACGGUUUUCUGUGAUCGUUCCAUGUAUCAGCGUAUAUUCCAGCGAUAUACUGUUAACAACCCCUGUUGUUGGUCCUAACAUUGUAAACGGUCGGCAGAGCCUCUAUAGUCAUGUUUGUUUGUACAUGUUCAUUCGACGCCAAGAGAUGUUUCAUGGGAGCGUAUCCUCGCGUGAUAACUACGAAUCACCACAUUGUGUAUAUAUUUGUACAAAAAGUUUUUAUAUUAUGUUUUAUAAAAUGCACAUUGUAUUAAUAUAUUUAUUAAAUAAUA